AUGACUCAAAGUAACGGUCUUUCCCAUCACCGUCGCUCCCCUUCCGGUUCAAACUCGUCCAAAAGGCCUGCCAGACCAGCAAUUCAUCGGAAGGGCACCUCAUUUGCGAAUAUCUCCAUUUCCAAAUUGGGCUCUGGUCAAGCCCGAUCCGCCUCAGCAGACGACGAUCGGACUCCUGAGAUGGCCGCCAGUUUCCUCAAUUAUUGUGCCAUGUGCGAGAAGCAGAUAACCGUGCCCGAUAACCGCCUUCUUUAUUGCAGUGAAAGUUGCCGCCGCAGAGACACCCAAAAGCCUCUUUCUGCCUCACUCUCAUACUACAACACGUCAUCCGCUCCUAUCACACCUCCAUCUUCUCCCCCAAUGUCUCCUCGAACAAUCGUGGCGCCGUUGACACCCACGAAACUCCCUGUUACAGCUUCUCAGCCUAUCCGGAUACCCACUGACAUGAACCAUGUCCGAACGGAUCUUGAUCCCACCGAAUGGAAGCCCGUCAUACCCAACGACAGUCAUACUCCAAGCCUGAUGACUUCGGACGCCUGGAAAUACCUCUGCAAAUUCCACGGCGACGAGCCUGUGGUUCCGAUUCGGCGCUCCAAGGGCCACAACCAAAGCUCAAGUAGCUUAUCUACUCUUCCUUCGUUGAGCCAGACUGUCGCAUCGACACCCUCCUCUCUGAGCAGCACUGCAUCAGAUUACAUGGGCCAUGUGUCUGACUCCGCUCACCGCCCUCUACCUCCUCGUCAUAAGCCCUGUUUCUCUAGCGGCGGUAGCGCGAAGGGCGUAGAGUUGGUUGUCCCUCAUAUCGAGAUGAUUCCAGACUCCCCCGUCGACACUUCAAACAGCGGGUCCAUAUUUCCAGCUAGCAGUGGCCUAUGGAGCGGGAAGACCGAGACUACUCCAGCCAUAACUGUCUCUGAUGAGAACUGA